GUUUUUUGUGUGUGUGCAGUUGUAUUUAAAGCAGCAGACAAGUCUCUCUCUGUCAGACUGAUCCAGACGUCCAUCAGAUCCACUGCUGUCAUCCACACUUCUCCACGUAAAGAGGCACAAUGAGAGACAUUAUCCCCAAGAACAAAAUUAAAGGUGUUGAUUUCUGUGGAGAUAAGAGCUUCACGUAUAUAAUCCGCUCCGAUCUGGGCUGUUAUAUGAGGACAACUGAUUUACAUGGAGGUUCAAACCUCACUAUAUUCAAGCUGCAUCCCUCCUGCCAAAAUGGAGACCAUUAUCUUGCUGAUAAGGAUGGCCACUUUUACAUCAUUAAGGGUAAAUCGUACCGCAGAGUCACAGAUCUGUCAACAGACGCUAAUGCCGAAGUUAAAGACCUGCAUCCCGACUUUCAGGGUGGAGAUCACUACUUCUACUACUGUUCCCUUUUUCUCAUCAUCUUCCAAGCAAAGGGAACUGAAAAAGUAGCUAUUGAUCUGAAUCAACCUGACAACCUCAUUAAUUCAGAACGCAAGAUGCAUCUCAAAUUCAGUAAUGGUCUGUAUUACUGGGGUCGUAACAAUCUCUUAUGUUUCCUGAAGCCGGUCUCAGAGUGGGGAGUGGAAUACUACGAAGUCAGCGAUCUUUUGAGAGAUAAUGGUCAUGCCUAUUCUGUUCACCCUGAUGUUGUGAACUUUCUGCCUGGAGGUCUGUCCAUAACUCAAGGUCCAGCCUUUGGCCGGUGGGAGAAUAUUAAAACUAUAAAUAAUGACAGCAAUACACCAAUGAAAUGGCGGAAUAAAGUCAUUAAGAAGGUGGGAUACAACAAGGAGAAGAUGAAAGAGAUCACACACAACUGGAAGUUUGGAGCAUCGGCCACGAUGGAAUCUGGAGAGAUGGCAUCAUUAAUUGCAAAGUUCCAGUUCACCUUUUCAGCAGAAUAUGGAGGAUCAAAUGUGAACACUGAGAAGGAAAACUGGGAUGAAGCAACUGAAGUGGAAGAGGAACUGACACUGGAGCUGAAGCCAAAUGAGAGUGUAUAUCUGUGGCAGUACAAGCUGGGUCUUGGUGAUGAACCGGUGCUGUUCUGUCGUGACUUAAAGAUCGACGAUGAGCCGAAUCCUCCAGCUGAAGUCCCACUGCCACCUGCAAAACCAUGAGGACACACAAGAGGUUCUUUACAUAUCUGAAAUUAGGCUGAUGCUGUAUUGUGUUCUUGUGCUGGGAGUCAUUUUCAGAUCCAGUAGACACAACACUUUCCAUUAGAACGGUUUAUAGAUGAUUGUCCUGUGAUUUCAAUACAAAAUCCUGAAGUCACACAUGACUAUCAAGAAUACUUUUUUUUAGUGUAUCAGUGUGUAGAGUUGUGUUCAUGUCAUCUAACUCAAGUGUUGAACACAGAAAUAAUGAAAAACAAAUUCUGUAUCUGUUUAGUUUGUUUUCACUUGUGUAAAACUUUGGUUUGGGGUUUCUCUUGUGUAUCAUCUAAUAUUCUGCUCUGAAUGAUCUGCAUCCCUGAUAGCAUGCAUACAUCUGUGAGACGUCUAUUUGAUGUCCGCCUUUGGUUGUUUUCUCAUCUGCAAGACGUCUCUGAGACGUGUCAUAUAAACGUCUAGAAGAUGUCUGUAAGAUGUUUAUGAUUUAGAAUGGAUGUAAAACUACCAUUUUUAAGAUGUUUAUUAGAUGUUUUAGCAGACAUCUUACAGAUGUACAUGCCCUGAUAGCAAGCAAACAUUGAAUUAAUGUUAAACUAUAAUUACUUUGUAUCAAUAUCACUUUAGCACCUGCACAUUUUUUAAAAGUUGUGGACAUUUCAACAAAUACCAUUAUUGUGCUCAGUGUUUGCUUUAGUUGGGCUCUUGACUCUUGCAGUGUGGAGUUAGGUUUUCUUUGGCCAUCCAUGUGUCUUCUAACACAUUUGUUGUGUCAAGUACAGGUAAAAUUCAGUUGGAGCAGGUAAUAAUGAUAAUGAUAAUGAUGAUGAUGAUGAUGAUUCAUACGUUGUGUUGUGAUUACUGUGAAGUUGGUAAAGUAGUUCUGAGUUUCAUUAAAGCGUUAAUAUGGUGUUAUACUGCAGUGUGAGUUUACAACAGUGUUUUGACUGUAAUAUUAGAAAUUAACAAAAUAUAUUUAAAAAACUACUGAAUCAAUGAAACUCAACAAUGGUGACAAUCAACAAAAGAAAGCUUCAUGCAGCAUUGCAUGCUGGGUAACAUCAUAGGACAAAACUCAUUCAUGACUCCCAGCAUGCAUUGCAGUUGAUCUGUUUAUCUGAAUUAGUUUGAUGAUUGUCAACAUUGUUGAGGUUUGUAUGAUGUAUUGAUUGAGGAGUGUUGAUGUCUAUGUUUGUUAUUACGCGAUUGUGUUUAUUUUGUCACAAUACUUUAACACUUUUUAACAAGAAUACUCACCUGGAUAAAGAAAGAUUCAACCUCAAUAUAAUUCAUGAAGCAUUUCAAACUGCUUGACACUUGUCUUAACAUUUUCAAUAUAGUCUUUUCUUUAUCAAUACAAAGUGUUUAUAUUGAACUGCCAUCAGAAGCAUUGAAAGAGAACUGUCUUAACGAAAGUCAAGAGUCAUAACUAAAACAAACACUCAUCACAAAAAUGGUGGUUUGUUGAAAUGUCUUUUUUAUACAUUAAUUGCAGGUGCAAAAUUCAAUGCAAUUAAUUAUUAACAUUGCUUCAAUGAUUGUUUGCUACGUCUAUAAGAUGUUUGCUAAAGAUCAGGAGAUCUGGAAAACGUCUGAUAAACAUCUUAAAAAUGGUAGUUUUACGUCCAUUCUAAAUCAUAAACAUCUUACAGACAUCUUCUAGAAGUCUAUAUGACACGUCUCAGAGACGUCUUGCAGAUGAGCAAACAACCGAAGGCAGACAUCAAAAAGACAUCUCACAGAUGUACGCAUGUUAUCAGGGAUGAUAUCAUUAUGUUCAUUAUUUGUGUUAUGAUAUAGUUUUCUGUAUUUCACUUUGUGUCAUUUAAUAUGUGAAAUAAAGUUGUAAACUGAA